AUGAGUGCAGAGAAUAAAGCGCUUUUUGUGCUGCAAAACACAAAACCACUUUUGCCAUCCGCUGUUUCUGCUCCUCCUCUCUUUUCCAUCUCGCUGGCAAACGAAUUUGAGCUGAAGCUGUCCCCAAGCACGAAAGAAAUAUCUUCCUACCUCUGCGAUAAAGACGGCUCUAAAUACUGCAUACUUGAGAACAUGUGGCAGUUUCACAUUUCGCAUUACUCUGCGAUAGUAAAAAAGUGCAUACCAUCGCAGAGUAAAAUAGAUGGCACGCCUGCAUCCCUGCUCAGAGCGCUGUCUGCAAAGUACCAGGAAGAAGCACAGCAUAAAAAGAUGCUGCCUGUAAGCAUUCCUGAUAAAAUGGUUUCUCUUGAUGGAAAGUCUUCUUUGUCUCUGCAGCCACACCAGAUAGAGGGCGUACUGACAGCACAUCGCCGAAAGUAUAGACUGCUGAUAGCAGACGAAAUGGGCCUGGGAAAAACUCUUCAGGCCAUUGCCAUAUCAAAGAUGUACCUAAGCAGCAACCCAAAUGAAGUAAAAAGAUCGAUUUUUAUUGUGGCUCCAUCCUCAAACACCGCAAUGUGGGUCAACGAGGUAAAAAAAUACAUCACAAAUAGGUGCUAUGAUGUAAAAGACUGGGCGCACAGAGCUCCGCCUAGAGAAAACGAAAUAUCUGCUCUGAUUGUCAGCUACAACGGAGCAAGCACGCACACAGACAUUUUGAAUCAUGCAGACUUUUUUAUGGGAAUAGCAGACGAGUCGCAGUCUUUGAAAAACACAGAGAGCAAAAGAAGCAAGUCUCUUGUGCCGUUUCUCUCGAAAAUGAAACAGGUCAUACUGCUAUCAGGAACACCUGCGCUCUCCAACACCUCCGAGAUGUAUACGCAGAUAAGCAUUAUCUACCCUUUUCUCUUCUCUUACACCGAUUACCACGAGCGGUACUGCAGAAUAAGCGAAAAUCACUACAAUGCGAGCAACCCCAGAGUCAAGCACAUAAUGAAAUACAAAGGGAGCAAGAACCUAGACGAGCUAAAAAUAGCGGUUAAUUCUCUCAUUCUCAUACGAAGAAUAAAGCAAGAGUGUUUGCAGCUGGGAGAAAAGAAACGCAUCCACGUCUCCUUCAAAACCGAACUGUAUGCGCGAGAGACAAACUUAAAAAUACAGGCAGUAACAAAGAAGGGCCCUUCGAGCGAAAUAAUGAUGGAGUAUACGAAGACAGCAGUGGAGAAGAUAGAUGAUGUGCUCUCUUUUAUAAAACAAAAAAGAAACAGCACAAACGACAAAAUUAUAGUAUUUGCGCACCACAAGGAAGUGCUGAACCGAAUAUAUGCGGCGUUUAAGGAAAGAGCCAUAAAGAUAGAUGGGUCUACAGUUAGACAGAAAAGAGAGGCACUCUGCGACGUGUUCAGAAACAAUGAGAAAAUAGAUGUAGCUGUGCUGAGUUUGAAGGCGUGCUCCACCGGACUGACACUUGUCUGCGCGAGAGUAGUUAUAUUCGCAGAGCUGCCAUGGAGCCCAGGAGACUUGCACCAGGCAGAGGACAGAAUAUACAGAAUAGGCCAAACAGAAACGGUAAAGAUAUACUACCUGAUUGCAUCGAAUGUGGAUAGACAGAUAUGGCCACUUCUCAGAAGAAAGAACAACACUCUAACAGGCAUAGGAAUCACAGAGAAAGACAAUGUGAACAUUAAAUUUGAAGUGUUUGAUCCAAAGCAGAAAAAAAUCCAAGAUUUCUAG